AUGUAUAAACUCGAUCUUCCCAUUGAUCAUAAAGAAAAAGCAGCUAUUGAACGACGUCGUCGUGCUGAACAAGAACGUCAAGGACGAAUAUUCAAUUCGAAAUAUCGACAAAUAGGGGUUGAUAAAAAUACUCUUGAUCAACAAAUUCAAGAUCGUAAAUGGAUGGAAGACUUAGAACAAAAACGAGCAUCUGCCUUUGCUAAAGAUGCCGUUCGAAAUGAUACUAUAGCUCAAUUACUUCAACGCCGUCAAGAAUAUGAUGAAAGAGAAAAUAAUCGAGCAGUAAAUGAAUUUCGUGCUUUACAUCAACAACCAUUUGCUCAACGUGAAUGGGAUUUAAAUGAUCCAGACUUCUUAAAGAAAGAUAUGCCAGCACGUAUCUCUGACGAUGAUCCACGUUGUGGUAUAGCUACUUUACAAAAAUUUCAAGGUGAAGAUCUUAAUUCACGUGCACGAGCGAAAUAUCAACAAGAACAAUUACGUGAAUGGUCACGUUUACAGAAAGAAGAUCAACUUCGUGCACAACAAGAACAACAUGCAGCUGAUCGUUUGUUUUUUGCUAAACAAAAUGAAUUAGAUCAACGAGCUGUUGAACUUCAACGAGGUGAAGAACAAUGCCGAAGGGAUAUUAAUAAAUCUGUUCGAAAUUACAAUGACGCAUUAGUAAGUCAUCUAACUAUAGCAUAUUUUUUUCCUACCUCAUAUUAGAAAAUCUUCGAAAAAUAGUAGCCUUAUAUUUUUCUUCUAUCAAAAAAUGUCGUGGUAUAUAAUAUACUAUCAAAAAAAAAAAAGAAAGAACUACAUAUUGUUAAAUUAACUGUGCUUAACACAUGACUUACUCGUAUUGUGUAUAAUUACAGAGCUUUAGCGAAUGAACUUUAAAAAUUUAUUUAAGCACGAAAUAUUGAGUAACCAACAAUGUAAGUUAUAAUUAAAAACAAAAAAAAUGAAGUACUUCUAUGAUGUCACUAGAUUAAUCAAGAUUAAAAUUACAAAUCUAACGAAAAAGAAAACGGGAAAAUAUUCAUAUAUUAAUAAUUCAUUAACAUUGACAUCAUAAUAUACAAAAUAACUUACGCAUGAGGAACAUUCUAUGAUGAAGCAUUGACAUAUACAAAUAUUCAUAUUAUUUAUUUACUUUAAGCUAGAACGAGAAUACUUCAUGUAACACUUAUGUUUAUUUUCGAGAAAAAAAAGCGUAUAGCAGAAGACACAGUACUUAAUGACCGUAGUUUUCAUGGCAAUUAUUAGGGUAGAAAAAAUAGAUUCUUUUUAAUCAUAUUUACAUUCAGAAUAAGACUGAACUAUUUUUCUUUAUUAAUAUAAAAGAAUCAUUUCUUU